AACCGUUAGCGAGACAGCGGCCGCUGAUAAUGUUACUAUUUAUUCCGCACGCGCCAUACACGCCCGGUUCGGCUUAUAACCCCCCUCUCUCUCUCUCUCUCUCUCUCUCUCGGAGCGUGCACAGCCCGGCGAGAGAGUGCAUUCGUAGGAGAGCACGACCGACUAUUGAUCGGCCGGUCGACAGUGCGCCAGCGCAAGUCGACCGGACGAACCGAGGCAUUCACGAGCCGCCCUCGGCCUUAGUGCGUUUGGUCGACUGUUGGUUUAGCCGCUGUUAUGCUCGUCGUCGCACCGAAGCGUCCUUAGAUGCUGCCAUCAUGUCUGCCAUCAUGUCCGGUGACAGGGAUUAUAUCGGCUUCGCGACGCUACCGGAGCAAGUGCACCGAAAAUCGGUGAAGAGGGGCUUCGAGUUCACCCUGAUGGUGUUGGGUGAGACCGGCCUUGGCAAGUCGACGCUCAUAAACAGCCUCUUUCUCGGCGAUCUGUACAAAGACCGGCGAAUACCGGAUGCGGCAGAGCGCGUGGCUAAGACCACCUCUAUCGAGAAAAAGACAAUGGAUAUAGAGGAGCGCGGCGUUCGGCUCCGUUUGACGAUCGUAGACACGCCAGGAUUCGGCGAUGCGGUAAAUUGCGAGGACACGUGGAAAGCAUGCUCGGCUUACAUCGACGAACAAUUUCGCCAGUACUUUACGGACGAAAGUGGAUUAAAUAGGAAAAAUAUUCAAGAUAACAGAGUACAUUGUUGUUUGUACUUUAUACCACCGUACGGUCACGGCCUCAGGCAAAUUGAUCUCGAGGUAUUGCGGCGUUUACAUCGGAAAGUUAACGUCGUUCCCGUGAUAGCGAAAGCGGAUACUUUAACCACUCACGAGGUGAAAAAAUUGAAAGAACGGAUUUUGGCAGAUAUCGAGGAGCACGAGAUUCAGAUAUACCAAUUUCCGGAUUGCGACAGCGACGAGGACGAAGAAUUCAAGCAACAGGAUAAAGAGCUAAAAGCUUGUAUACCGUUCGCGGUUGUCGGCAGCUCGACAGUACUGGAGGUUGCAGGAAGAAAAGUCCGCGGCCGGCAAUAUCCGUGGGGCGUAGUGGAAGUCGAGAACCCGAAGCACAGUGACUUCGUCAAACUAAGGACGAUGCUAAUAUCGACGCAUAUGCAGGAUCUAAAGGACGUCACGCAGGACGUUCACUACGAGAAUUUUCGGGCCCAAUGUAUUUCUCAAAUUUCGCAGCAAGCGAUCCGGGAACGGAGGUAUUUACGCAUUAAAUUGAAAAGAGAUUCCGGACCGCAUUUCGAGAACAGUAUAUCCGACACCGACCGGCUUCUUUUACAAAAGGACGAAGAGAUACGAAGGAUGCAAGAUAUCCUGGCGCAGAUGCAAGAGAAGCUCAAAGCGACCGGUCAAGUCGGCGGUGUCGGAUUGAGGGGCCGUGUCGGCAGUCUCGGCAACGAUUUAGAUUCCGCGGACGUCGAGAAGAAACGGAAUAGUAUUAUAGACGUUUGAGAAGCGUAGGUUAUUCCCUCGGGAUAUAUUCAGGAUAUCAAGUUUAUAGCCCGAGAGGUCUGUACAUAUUUCGUUCGAUUCUUGACAAGUUUUCCGAUAUAUAUUACACGAAGCCGCGUAAAAUAUACACGAGAUUUAAAACUUUUCGAUUAUGGAUUCACAUUCGAGAAAUUGUGGCAAUUUUUAAAUUUAUUAUCUAUAUCCAUUCAACUGCCUUAUGAUAAAUUAAAAUUUAAGCAAAGCAAACAUUUAUCUCCGCUUAUAAUGAAAUUUAUUAAUAUAAUUAAGCCAUUUUCUCUCUUCAUCAUAUGUUAUCUCUCAACGCGGUAGGGAAGAUAAACUUAGAGCUGUCAAAGAUUGACGAGUGUUCGCUCGUUAAAUAUUCAAUCGAGUCAAAUUUGUACAGAUCGACUACAUCCCGCUUUACGUCUUACGGUGAUACGUAAAAGAAGACACGUAUUUUGUACUUAACGCGCACAUAGAUAAUUUAUACAAAUACAUAGUAGACAAGCGUAAUUAUAUCAAAAAUUUAUCAAAAGAUAUGUGUAUGCACUGAUGCAUGCUCAUUGCAAGGCGAAUGUGUAAUUGAUCGCGCGAGCAUCGAUAUCAGUGUAGCAAUUUUAUUUAGUUCAUCGUUUGCUAGUGUAAGACUUAUAGCAUCGAAAUAUAUACCAAUCAAUUUUGGAAGAUAUGAUAAAUUAGAAAUGAAUACGCACAAUAUGUUCCGUGAUUGUAAAUUACUGAUGUCGGGGAAAUUAAUUUUUUUCGAAGAAAAACGAAAGUAUAGGCACGACUUUAAAUUAAUUCUUUAAUUCGUUUUACGAUCGUUCUAAAUUAUAGAGAAAAUAAUAUGUAGAUGUUUUUCUAACAAUAAAUAUGCCAUAUAUAUAAAUAAUA